AUGUCUUCCAUCUCACUCCGCUCAGCUCUGGAAACCACACCGGUGGCAUACGGCUUCUGGUUGACGGAAGAAAAUGAAUUAACAUAUCUACUACAGCCUCCCCAGUGCCCCAUCGCAAAGACCAUCCUCCGCCGGAGCCCAGAGUUCUCCGAAGGUGGAUUCAGCUGGGUCCUAGUGGACGCCGAACAUGGAUUGAUUAACGACAGCCACUAUUACGAGCUCACUAACGCCGUUGGUCACGAGGGUGCUAGCCCUAUUAUCCGUGUGCCCUGGCCCGAAGAAUGGAUGAUCAAGCGUGCCCUUGAUGCCGGUGCCCACGGAGUCAUGACUCCUAUGUGUCACUCUGCAAAUGCUAACCUCUACCUUUCUGCCCAACAGGAGGAUGCUGCCAAGGUCGUCAGCUACUGCAAGUACCCACCUGUAGGAGUCCGUGGAUACGGGCCGAUGUUCACGCCGCAUUCAUUCCCCGGUGUGAAACCCGCCGAGUAUGAUGAGAAGACGCACAACGAAGUCAUGGUGAUUGUGCAGAUUGAGUCCCGCCCUGGUGUGGAGAAUGUAGAGGAGAUUGCUAAGGUCGAGGGACUGGAUGUUUUGUUUAUUGGACCCUUCGACCUUGCUAAGCAGAUGCGUGUCACCCGUGGUGGCGAGGAGCACGAGGCUGCUAUCCAGCGUGUCCUGAAUGCUGCGAGAUCGGCAGGAAAGAAGGCUGCUAUCUUCUGCUCCGAUGGUGAUGACGCUCUUCGCCGCAUACAACAGGGCUUUGAUAUGGUUUCCAUCACCACUGAUGUUGCUGUGUUCGGUGAUGGAAUGCUCAACGAAUUAGAGAAGGCUAAGGGUAGUUCUAAGGUCCAAGGAAAGAGGGACGGUUAUUGA